AGCCGCCGCCGCCUCUCCCGGGAGGAACUUUCCUCCUCCUCCUCCUGAUCCCUCUCCUGCUCCAGCUCCUUGCAGCCGCCGCCUUUCCCGGGAGGAACUUUCCUCCUCCUGCUGCUGCUGCUGCUGCUGAUCCCUCUCCUGCUCCAGCUCCUUGCAGCCGCCGCCUUUCCCGGCAGGAACUUUCCUUCUCCUCCUCCUCCUGCUGCCGGUCCUUCUCCUGCUCCAGCUCCUUGCAGCCGCCGCCUUUCCCGGCAGGAACUUUCCAGCUCCUGUUCCAGCUCCUUGCAGCCGCCGCCUCUCCCGGCAGGAACUUUCCAGCUCCAGCUCCUGCUUCAGCUCCAGUUCCAGCUCCUGCUUCAGCUCCAGCUCCAGCUCCAGCUCCUGCUCCUGCUCCUGCUCCAGCUCCAGCUCCAGCUCCAGCUCCAGCUCCAGCUCCAGCUCCUUGCAGCCGCCGCCUCUCCCGGCAGGAACUUUCCUCCUCCUCCUGAGCUCCUCCGGCGCCUCCCCCUUUUUCCCCCUGCUGGAAGUCUCCCCUUCCUCGUCCCUUCCCGACCCCGGGCGGCGGCGGGGAGGGGAUCUGGGCUCGGACUGGCCGGGGCCGGGACGAGCGGAGCCAUGUCGAGCUGAGCGCGGGGCGGGUGGACCGCUCCGCCCCGUCCGUCCUCCUCCAUCCAUCCGUCCUUGUCCGUCCGUCCUCCCCGGUGCUGCAGCCCUCUCCCUCCAGGACCAGAGGUGAGAGGCUCGGGAAUUGCCCAGUGCUCUGCACAUACUAUACAAUGUUAGAUGGAGUUAUGAUUCUUCCUGUACUGAUGAUGAUAGCUUUCCCCUCCCCAAGUGUGGAAGAUGAGGAGCCAAAGUUGAACGCUGUCCUCUACACCUGUGUGUGUGAAGGGCUGUCCUGUGGGAGCCAGCAUCACUGCCAGGGCCAGCAGUGCUUUGUCUCCCUGAGCAUAAACGAUGGCAUCAAAAUCCAUCAGAAAGGCUGCUUCCAAGUCUACGAGCAGAGCAAGAUGACCUGCAGAACGCCGCCCACUCCCGACCAGGCUGUGGAGUGCUGCCAGGGUAACUGGUGCAACAAGAACAUCACGGCCCAGCUGCCCACCAAAGGAAAAUCCUUCCAAGGGGCCUCUUCAUCAUACUACAGCCUGGAAACCAUCGCCAUCGUGUCACUCUGUUCGAUUGUCGUAGUAUGCAUUCUAGGUUUCCUCACCGUGCUGAUGAUUAGAAAAUUCCAGAGGUACAGUGAAGAGCGACUCAACCCCAGAGAUGUGGAGUAUGGCACCAUCGAAGGGCUCAUCACCACAAAUGUCGGCGACAGCACCUUAGCACCAAACAGAUCAGAGCUCUCAAUACAGGAUUUAUUGGACCAUACCUGCACAUCGGGGAGUGGCUCCGGCCUUCCUUUCUUGGUUCAAAGAACCGUGGCGCGACAGAUCACGCUCAUGGAGUGUGUAGGAAAGGGCAGAUAUGGAGAGGUUUGGCGGGGCCAAUGGCAAGGAGAGAACAUCGCAGUGAAAAUAUUUUCUUCCCGCGAUGAAAAAUCCUGGUUCAGAGAAACAGAGUUGUAUAAUACUGUGUUGCUAAGACAUGAGAAUAUCUUGGGUUUCAUUGCCUCAGAUAUGACAUCGAGACAUUCAAGCACCCAGCUCUGGCUGAUUACGCAUUAUCACGAGAUGGGAUCCUUGUAUGACUACCUACAGCUCACGACACUGGACACAGUGAACUGCCUCCGAAUAGUGCUGUCCAUAGCUAGCGGCCUCGCGCAUCUGCACAUAGAAAUAUUUGGUACCCAGGGGAAGCCAGCUAUCUCCCACCGGGACUUAAAGAGCAAAAACAUCCUUGUGAAGAAGAAUGGGCAGUGCUGCAUAGCCGACUUAGGCCUCGCCGUCAUGCACUCCCAGAGCACCAAUCAGCUGGAUGUGGGUAACAACCCCCGCGUGGGAACCAAGCGCUACAUGGCCCCCGAAGUUCUGGACGAAACCAUCCAGGUGGACUGUUUCGACUCCUACAAGAGGGUGGAUAUCUGGGCCUUUGGACUGGUCCUGUGGGAGGUGGCCCGGCGGAUGGUGAGCAAUGGAAUUGUAGAAGAUUACAAGCCUCCUUUCUACGAUGUGGUCCCAAAUGACCCGAGCUUUGAAGAUAUGAGAAAAGUGGUCUGCGUGGAUCAGCAGAGGCCAAACAUUCCCAACAGAUGGUUCUCAGAUCCAACGUUAACCUCUCUGGCCAAGCUGAUGAAAGAGUGCUGGUAUCACAAUCCUUCUGCAAGACUAACAGCCCUGCGAAUCAAAAAGACUUUGACCAAAAUUGAUAAUUCCUUAGAUAAACUGAAAGCUGACUGUUGACAUUUUUGUGGUGCCGUCAAGAUGGAAGGGUGUUUUUUUUGUUUUGUUUUGGGUUUUUUUGGGGGGGGACGGAGGGUGGGGAGGCGGAGGGCGGCAGUCCAGCUUGGAAAUAUGCCGACCUGGUAUACUCAGAACUGAACCCCGCUCCCCCAAAAUGGCUUUGUAGACAUGGUGGAUAUUCUUACCUCGCCAUCUGUGUGGGAGAUGGUGAAACCACCCAGACCUCGCUCAGUGACAAAAAUGGGCAUUUGACAAACUGUUCGUGCUUCAGAGACUUAUGAUGGAUAGACUGUUGCAUAGGUGUUGGUUGGUUGGUUGGUUGGUCUGAAGGAACACAGAGAAAUCCUAAGACAAGAUCUGGGCAUUAUGACAAUGGCUUUGAAUAUCUUUCACAGGUCUCCUAGACACUCUCAGAGUGAACAAGAGGAAGUGAUGCAUUUUAAUCAGCAAUAUUGCCUGUGCUUCUUUUCUUUAUUGCACUAGGAAUUCUUUGCAUUCCUUACUUGCACUGUUACUGUUAGUUUUAAAGACCUGACCUGCCAAAAAAUGACUGGCUGUGUACUCCAUUGAUCUGUGUCUGAAUAAUAGGAAAUCAGGGUGCCGAUUCCUGGGGGGUAGGAGGGGCCACUGCCCCCGCGGGAUUGGUACCAGGAGAGAGUUGAGAGGGUCGGGAGGGCAGAUGGGUGUGGAUGAGCUUUGGCUUUGCCCUCGAGCUUCUGGGGCUGAGCAGGCAGCUGUAACUCGGCAGUCCCAGGUCAGCACUGGGGCUGAGCUGGUUUCCGGGCUCCAGAGCCACUGUGGCGGGUAGUUAAACCCCGUGGGCUGGCCCGCGUGCCAAGCCUGGAGCCACAGUCCUUCGCCCCUGCUUCCAUGCCAUCUGCCGCCACCUGGCUGGUGACUUUCGCUGUGAUGGUAGUGGCUGUGAUGGCACAACGGUGGAGGAUGACUGCUGUGUCUCUCCUCUCUUCCCUCCCUCUCCCUUCCCUACCCUGCUUUCCUCUUUCUCUUUGUUCUCCCUUUCUUUCUCCCUCUUCUUCACUUGACUCCCCUGUUCUCCUCCUCCACCGUCCCAUCUCACCCGCCCUCCAUCCUCUCCUCCCCUUCCCUGGCACCCAAAUAGGAAUUUGAUUUGGCAACCUGAAAAUGUAACUGUCAACCUUAGCCACAUUUUGCAUACGUGCUGAUGUUUACAAUAAUGCUGAACAUUAGGAAUUGUUUAUACAAAACCUUGCAAAUUAUUUAUUACUAGUGCACUGAGCCCAGUUUUCAUGAAACUGACCAGUGCAUAUGUUGAAGCUUAUUUUUAUGUGGUCUCAUGAUUUUAUUACACAAAUGUUUUUGACACUAUAAUCUGAAAUGAAUGUUUUUUCCAUAUUAUCAGUUAGAAUCACAUUUUAAGUGCUUCACAUUUGUAAGUGUGUGGUCUGUAACAUAUUUUUCAGUUCAUACGCAGAACAUAUUAGCCAUUACCCACGUGACACCAGAUAUCUUACUGAUCUAGAAACAUAAAAAGCAAUGAAAGAUUUCAGUAGAAUUAUAGGUCCUGAACGCUGUGGGGAAAAUGCGUUUUCUUCUAAACUACAUUACGUGCAUUUAAACUCUGCCAGAAAAAUAACUAUUUUGUUUUAAUCUACUUUUUGUAUUUAGUAGUUAUUUGUAUAAAUUAAAUAAAAUGUUUUCAACUCAAAUGAAA